AUUUGUUUUAAGAUAUCUGUGUAUUUUUUUCGCAGUUUAGGGUAAUAACGUUAGGGAAUUUUGAGUUGUUUUAUUCGUCACGAUCAGGAUGAUCAACGAGCAUAUGACGUCACUGAGGUCAUUUUUGGGUCGAGCGGAAAUCCCAUCAGACGUCGGUUGCUUGACUGAGAUAGUCACGUUGUCGAAAAAAUCAAAAUAUCAAGAUUUGGAGGGAAGUGACGUCAUAACGAGAGCCCUCGUGUGGCAGUGGUUGGAAAGUUUGCUCGAUGUACAGGAUGUGACGUCACUGGCUAAGAAAGUAAACUGCCACCUCCAAAACCGAACUUACAUUGUCUGUGAUAAAUUUACGUUGGUUGAUGUGGUUUUGUUUUACAUCCUGUCCAACAUGAUGAAGGAUUCAUCGACAUACGAACAACAAACGCAACUUAAUCAUCUAGCGAGAUGGUUUGACCAUAUGCAACACAAAGAAGAAAUCUUGGUCGGUCGAGAAGUUCAAUUGUUUGUUAAGAAUCGAAUUUAUUGAAGUCCAUUGUUCGUAUUCGAGAAACUUUAUUUCUUCAUUGUUGUUUGAUGCUACGUCAUAGAACCGAUUGUUGGGAUGAAAAUUUGUUUCCGGUUCGGUGUGACGUCAUACCUCUUGUGAACCAGAGAAUGGAUAUUUAUUAUGUCAUAAAGCGGGAAGAUUGACGUUUCUUAUUAUUAUGUCACAAUAAAUCAUAUGCGGUCACAGUGGGUGGUGUGACGUAACAAA